AAACGUCAAAAUGAUGACUAUAUUGAGAAAGAAAAUUCAAAAUCUUGUAAAGUUAAGGAUAGUGGUGUAAAGAAGCAGACAGAAGAAAAUAAGAAUAAUUUGUUAACUCAGAACGAAAUUAUGGAUCUUACUCCGUCUUUAGAAUUCGUACUAAGAUAUACAGAUAAAGAUAACUAUAUGCAAGUUCUAAAAGAAACCUUUGAGUCUGUUGAUGAGCUAUUUCCAGAAAGCGCUAUUAAGUUCCUUGAUGAUUUUUUUUCAGAGGAGGGAUAUGCAGAUCAUUCAGACGGCCUUGCUUACAUUACUACUGAAAAACAAUAUGAAAUAUAUGUUAUAGAAGGAUCUAGACUAUAUGUCGUUGAUGACACAAAAGAAAUAUCUGAUUUUGUUCAGAAUGCAAAGACAGGAAAAGAUAUAAUAAAUUACACUGUUGUGUCUGAAGUUAAAUUGAAGCGAGCUCCGCCUUUACAAUUUAAGGCCUAUAUGGUGCAGUGUAUUAGAUUAAGUUUUAGAUUUUACUUUAUGGAUUAUUUAG